AUGAAAGACUUUGAGUACGAUGUCCAGACGAACCGAGUCGUUUUCGGUUCUGGCAGUGUCAAAAAGCUCCCUGCCGAAAUAAAGCGCCUCGACGUCUCUCGACCACUCCUCCUUUGCACGCCUGGUAAACGACACCUCGCCGACCAAUUGUCCGAGAUCAUCAAGGGUGCUUCUCUAGACGUUGCUGGCAUCUUUGCCAACGCCACAGCGCACACUCCAACAUCUGUAACCGAACAAGGAACUGCGUUUCUUGACUCUGUGUCAGCAGACUGCGUUGUUUCCAUCGGCGGCGGAUCAGUAGUUGGACUCGGAAAAGCUAUCUCCAUUCGUUCAAGCGUACCUCACAUUAGCAUUCCAACGACCUAUUCGGGCUCUGAAAUGACUCCCAUCCUCGGAGAGACGAAAGACGGCAUCAAAACUACUCGAUCCGACCCUAAGAUCCUGCCUGCUGUUGUUAUCUACGAUGUAGACCUUACCUUGACUCUACCGCCUGUUAUUUGCAGUACAUCUGGAGUCAACGCAAUCGCCCAUGCAGUCGAGGCACUCUACGCACGAAAUGCCAACCCUAUCACUUCGAUCCUCGCCCUCGAGGGAAUAAAGUCAUUAGCGGAGGCGCUGCCUCAAAUCGUGGAAAGCCCCGACUCCAAAGCUCCUCGAGAUCAGGCUCUCUAUGGUGCUUGGCUUUGUGGUACAGUCCUAGGCAACUCAUCCAUGGGACUGCAUCACAAAAUCUGCCAUGUCCUCGGUGGAUCGUUCGGACUUCCUCAUGCUGAAACCCAUACCGUAAUGCUUCCCCAUUCCUUGUCUUAUAAUGCUCCCCGUAUCCCCGAACAAAUGGCCAAACUAGCCGCUGUCUUCCCUGGAAGCGAAGGCGACGCAUUGAAAGGAUUGGGACUACUGUUGGGAAAGCUGCCAGUGCCAGGCGGCUUGAAAGAGCUGGGGAUGAAAGAAAGUGACAUUGAAAGAGCAUCUCAGAUUGCCACAAGUAAUCAGUACCCCAAUCCUCGUCCUCUGGAUCUCAAGUGGAUUUUUGAGCUACUGCGGCGAGCUUGGGCUGGGGAGCCAGCAGAAGCAACCUUACAGUAG